AUGGUCAACAGCCAAGGGACCUUCCAGAAUGGUCCGCCGAACGGCGGCUAUAUGCAGCCGCAAGUUGCGGACCAGCGUCCCAUGGCGCGGCCGUUUACACUCCCUGAGGCGUUACCUUACUCUCCCCAGACCUCCGUCAUUCCGUUUACUCCAGACCUCAUCCCCGAACCGACUCUCGGCUCCGGCUCGCUUGCUUCGAGCAUCUCACAUAUGUUCAAUAGCCAGGAAUACGACAGUCUCAACAAGGAAUCCACCGGACAGAACCAGAACCACGGGUUGAAGCACCUCAAGUACGCCGUUGACCAUGUUCUACACGAUCUGAAGCCCAACCAACGGACAUAUUUCAAAUUCAAGACCGUCCCCAAGCCGAACACCAACAUUCCGUCGAGUUCUGUUGGCUCUCCACAGAGCCUCAGCGCCGGUCUUUCGCCAGUGGCCAAGAUGGUGUUUGAUAGGGCACCAACAUUCAUCAAACCGCUCACUGGUACAUCUGGCCCUUCCUCAGUCAACGGACAAGUUGCCCACCAGCCGCCUCAGCCUCCGUCGACACCCAAAAGUGCGCCACCGCCACUCAAGCAAUCCUCGGCGAGUGCAGAAGCCCAUCGAGGAAGCAACUUCCGUUUCGAGGUUGCAAUCCCUUCCAAAAAACUCGAUCCCAAAGCCUACGUGGAUGUCCCCGACCAAGCCGUCCCGCUGCCGGCGACCGUCAAUCCCUCCGAUGUGACUCGGGUCCCCACACCAAUCCAAGUUGACCUGAAGCAGGAGACGCCCCCCCCUCUGCCUCAACAUCAAUCUGAACCUCUGGCGCAAUCUGAUACCACACAGCCCAGUUCUGCUGGACUCACGUCUAUGCCGCCUCCCAAAUCUCAAACGCCGGGAGGAUCUGAUGUCCAAAAGACGUCCUUCGCCAUUGAGUUGCCGCGUGCUCCGGGUUUCAAUAAGGACGAAUAUCUCGAGAUGGCGGUACCCGAAUCCCCCGAUGAGCCUCUAGGACUGUCUAUGCGCAGACAGGACGGCGCCUACCAAAGCCGACAGGAUGAUAUUAGCACAAACCUCAACCAACGUCAGCGGGCCGAAACAGCACUGCAGGACCUCGAACGGUUAAUCAAGGCCGUUUUCGAUUCCAUUAGAAAUGUGCUCGGGAACGAACUUGGCCACGAGCAGGUCGCCACUUUGAACAGCGAUAACGAGGCUAUCUUGACAGGGUCAACACAGCAGAAGCUACAGACAGCUAUCGCCAAGGCGAUCGAUCUGGGAAGCUACGAUCAAGCACCCAUCGAGGACCUUCAGUACAUCCAGAAACUGAGCGAAACGGGGCUGACGCAUACCCUCAACCUUGACUUCAGAAUCGAGGAGUCUUGGGGCGAGCCGGAUGUCACGAGCUGGUUGAGUCAACUGCCGGACAUUGAGAUGGGUCUCAAGACAGCUCGUACGUGCCUUCGCAUAAUGUGUGGCGGCAGAGAGGAGAAGCAGAUCUACUCGGAGGAGAUCAUCCAGAAGUCGACCGAUGUUUUCAAGGGUGUUGUUGAGGGCAUCGUCAUUCCCGUCGUUGAGAUGAGAGGCAGUGGCUCAUCGUCUGCCCUCUUCAAACUGUUGCAGCCUCACAAAAAGGCGAUCGGCCCGGUCCUUACGAACUGCCAGAAGCUGUUCGCGCUCCUCGCCAAACUCGUCACAAGUAUUGAGCUCUCAGACACCGCUCUUGGCACUCUGGAAUUUGCUGCAUCGAGCCUCCUCUUCGUGGACAACGCAUACCUGGAGAAAGACUCUGUUGUCGGAGUACAGAGAUUCGAUGGCAUCCGCCUUACUGCAAUGGAGAUGCUCUGCCAAAUCUUCCUCGCAAAGCCUGAGCAACGUCGCGGCAUCUUUGACGACAUUUUGACUUCACUGGAAAAGCUCCCCGUCGGAAAGCAGAGCGCGCGCCAGUUCCGCUUGUCAAACGGCGGGAGCAUUCAGCCAGUGUCGGCGCUCAUUAUGCGUCUUGUGCAAGCUAGCUCCGGCAAGGUCGACGAGAAGGGCACGCGCAGUCGAUUGGCGAUGAUGGCGGGCGACGAUGCCGACGGGGACGAGGAAAUGCCCCAGCCUGGCAAACAAGCCGUGGCUGCAACAAUCAAGUCGGAGGAAGCGGGUGCCUCGCAAUACCAGCUCGCCCUGGAAGAACUGAAGGCUGUAGCCCUGCCCUUGACAGAAGCCUCAACCCACAACGCCAACUACGUUGUUAACUUCAUGGUCAAUCGUGCUCUCAAGUCUACCAAGUCCGGCGAUACACCCUACCGCAACCUGCUCGACCUGUUCGUCGAAGACUUCACGGAAUGUCUUGACUCUCCCGACUGGCCGUCCGCCGAGCUCAUCCUGCGGCAAAUGACCUUCUAUAUGAUGAAACUCUGGGAGGGAGACAGAACCGCGGCACCUGCCAAGAACAUGGCCCUAGAACUUCUCGGUGUCAUGAGCGCUGCGGUCUCCAAACUGCGGUCACAUGUCCGCAAGAUCACCUACUCGAUGGAGGGCAGCGAUUCUAAUGAACUUUCUCGCUACCUCUCGGACUUGGCUACCUCCGCUUUGGAGCAAAAGACCCGAAUCGAGCACGAUGUUUCGUGGUCUGGGCCGUAUCGAACGGCACUGGAGCAUCUGCAACGGCGUUCUGGCGAAGAUCCUCACUUGCAGGGCGCAAUUUCGUUUCUGAUUGCAGACUGGGCUCAUAGAAUAUUUUCUGGAUACGACGCCAUGCAGGAAACCCACGACUCUCUUGACCAGGAGUUUGGACGUCUGGCCUUCCGGCUUCGAAUGAUGAUCGAGGACCGUCGGUGGCUCUCCAACGAAUACACUUUCAAAGACGUCACCAGCAAUCACGCAAAGCUGGCCCACUCAAUCAUCCUCCUGCGCUCACCGUUCUGCGAGCACUUCCAGACUAUGCUCAACGUCCUCCUCAAUGCCAUGGCUAGUGACCAGGCGACCGUCCGCAGCAAGAGUCUCAAGAGCAUCAACCAGCUUCUGGAGACGGAUCCCGCCAUCUUGGACGGUGACUCUGUGGUUGUCCGUCUCAUCAUUACCUGCUCGAGUGAUUCUUCGCCGCAAGUGCGUGACUCUGCCAUUGGUUUGAUGGGAAAGUGCAUUGGAUUGCGCCCGAGACUUGAGGACAAGAUGGCGGAGAGGAUCAUUGAAAGAUUUAUCGACUCUGGCAUCGGCGUGCGCAAGAGGGCGAUGAAGCUGGCUCGAGACAUUUAUCUGCGCAACCAGAGUCGGGAGAUCCGCAGCGCCAUCGCAAACGGCUUACUGCAUCGGGUGCAAGACCCGGACGAAGGUGUGCGGGAACUGGCUCGCCAGAUGAUUGAAGAGGUCUGGUUUGCUCCGUUCUAUCAAGUCGAUGAUACAGCGGCCUUCAAAACAUCCUUGACCGACCACGUCGCGCUCAUGAUUCAGACGGUUAAGUCCGGAAAUGUGGGCGCUGUCCUCGACAAAGUGCUCCAGUCCAUCCUGGGAGGACAGAAUAAGGCUCACAACGGGCCUUUCGGCGUUAGCAUGAAGCUGGUUGAGAAAAUGUUCGAGCUCAUCGACAACCUGGACUCGGACGACCCUGCGAUUCCUUCCGGACGAGAUGCACUGCAAGUUCUGCAGAUUUUUGCCAAGGCCGACCCGAAGCUCUUCACCUUUGAGGAGAUCAGACUCCUCAAGCCUCACCUUGGUAGCAUCAGUGGCGCUGAUGAUCUGGCUGUCUUCAAAGCCGUCACCGUCAUUUACCGCCAGGUUUUGCCGCAGCUCUCGAACAAGUACGCUGAUUUCCUUCGCGAAGUAAGAGAGCAGCUGCAAAACUCGGUUGGCAGGCUCAGCAAGAACCUACUGGACGAUGUUGUGGCCUGUCUGUGGAUCAUCGCCGAUCUAUUAGAUAAUCGCGACAAGCUGGCAUAUUUGGGCGCAUCCAGCUUACGCGGAGUUGCCAGCAUGCGAAAUACGCAAAUGGAUGCCACCAAGCUCAUGAAGUUUGCCAGAUAUUCGACGAUUGUCGGAAUGGUUGGUAAGCACUGCGAUCUCGAUUCCGAGAUUGACGUUUUCAAGAAGAUCUUCCCCAAGUACUCCGGCACAUCGGUUGCAAAGCUCAUGGUUGACAAUCUGUCGCCUUGGGCCGAUGCAUCGCAGCUCAUGGAGGCUCGCAAGCAUGCGCUUGAUGCCAUCGGCCUCAUAUGCCAGGCCCAUCCCCGAAACUACGUCUCGCCGAAUGUCUACACCAAGUUCCAGCAAGUAUUCGAGGCUAGAGUUCCAGCACUGGAGAGCACCAUCCUCCGGUCGUUUAAGGAAUUCCUCGUGACAGAAGAGAAGCGGUCGGAGGCUGCCACAGCCGCCGCCGUCGCUGGCCCCGAGGGAGACAAGAAGCGCGAGUUGACUGUCAUGGGUGGAACCAACUACGACGACGUGGCGAGCGCGACCACCCAGCGUUUCCUCAAAGAGAUCACUCGGAUCGCCUUAUCAUCGCAGGAUGAGCAUGCCUUCCUUGCUGUUGAGGUUCUUGGCAGCAUCAACCGCCAGGGCCUCGUCCAUCCCAAAGAAACAGGUGUGACCCUGAUCACCCUGGAGACUUCAUCGAUGACCAAGAUUUCUGAGGUCGCUUUCAUGGAGCAUCGAGCGCUGCAUGAGAAACACGAAACCGUUAUUGAGCGAGAAUACGUCAGGGCCAUCCAAGCCGCAUACGAAUAUCAGCGGGACAUUGUCAAAGACACUCGCGGCGCAACCACAAACCCUUUCCAGUCGAAACUUCAUCUUUUGAUGGAGGUGCUCAAGGUGAGCAAGUCCAAGAACCGACAGAAGUUCCUUGAGAAACUGGUUUUCCAGGUCGACUUCGACUCUGCCAAGCUCGACGUUUCCGCAGCCUUUCCCCCGCAUGUCGAAUACGCACGGUUCAUGAUUGAGAACCUGGCUUACUUCGAAUAUGUGACGGUCGGAGAGGUUUUGGUUACGGUCCAUGCAAUGGAAAAGCUGUUUUCGACAACCGGAUCCAGCAUGGCGCAUGUGAUCGAGUCCGACAUAUUCAACGUCCGCAUGGACAUGGACAAACCAGAUGAUCUGCAGGGUGAUGGACAGCCGACGCAACCCCAGCUGACCAUCCCUCCCAAGAGGCUUCGCCAGCUCACGUCUGGAUCCAUCAUACUUCUUUGCCUCUGGGAAGCCAGGACCUAUCUUCGGCGCCUCUACGGCUUGGGAAGCAAGCGCGAGACAAAGACAAAGCUGGCGGCGAAAGACCUGAGCAAGGCUCCGACCAAGGUCCAAGGUGUGACAGGAGACAAGUUUUGGGAGGAGGUCAACUCGCACAUGAAUGGGCUGAAGUCGCAAGAGGCUACUUUGGAGAAGUGCAAAACAUUCGUGGAGUUGAUGAACGUCGACAAAGAGUUCAAGGUGGCUGAAGAAGAGGACCUGGACGGCGAAGAUGCCGGUACGCCCAGCGAGGGCGAGGACGACGGCCCCACAGCCGACGGCAGAGGUCGGAAGAGGAAAGCUGGCUCAUUGCCCGGAAACCGCAAGAAGCGCGCCCGCUCCUCAUCUCGACCGAGACCCCGCGGCCGACCACGCAAGAAUCCAAAUCCGGCCGAGGUCGAGGACGAUGCGGAUGGCGACUUUGAUGACAUGGAUUUUGUCUGA